AUGAACGUUUCGCGAAACCAUGCGAGGAUCUUCUACGAUUUCGCCGCUCGCGAAUUUCGCCUGGAGGUGCUCGGCAAGAACGGCGUGUACGUGGACGGGCAGUCGAAAUCUUCUGGAUCCGACCCGAUUCCGCUAAAAUCCCAGCAGCUGCUGCAGGUGGGGGAUAAACGGUUCUAUUUUCUUCUUCCCGCCAAAAAGCCAGACCCUCAUGCCAAACCUGAACCGCCUCCUGCAGUAGCCAAGUGUCAGAUGGCAGUGAGGGAGGGGUUGGAAGAGGCAGAGAAGCGGUUGGGGACGGUAAGAGAGGGUCAGAAGGCAGUGGAGGAGCGGGUGGAAGGGGGAGAGGAGCAGGUGGGGAGGGUAAGAGGGGGCGCAGUCGUGCGGGCUCCCAUGCUCUCAGCACAGCUAGCCACGUCACCGGUCAUGCAGCGGGACGCAUCGCCUGUAGUGCAGAGCGAGGCGGGGCAGAGGGAGCAGAGGGAGAAGAGGGAGCAGGGUUCGAGGCUUGUGGGAGCACAGGGGAUGCUGGGGUUGCAGGGUGCAAGGGGUGAAGGUACGCACGAGAUGCAGGGCGUGCAGGGGCUGCAAGGCUUGCAGGAUGCACGGUUUGUAGGGGCGCAGGGCGAGAAUGGCGCUCAGCAGGGGAUGCAGGGGACUCAGGGGAUGCAGGGGAUGCAGGGGAUACAGGGGAUACAGGGAAUUCAGGGGAUACAGGGCUUGCAGAGUGCAAGGGCUGAAGGGAUGGGAGUGGUUGUUGCGGAGGAUGGGAGGGCGACGGGCGGAAGAGGCAGGGGUGGAAGGAGAAGCGCGCAGGGGGGAGUGGGAAGGGGGAGGAGAGGAGGGAGACGGGGAGGGGUGGUGGAAGGGACGAGUGGAGGAGUGGGUGGAGCUGAACCUGCUAACACAGGCAGUGGGGUGGGCAGUGCGGUAGGCAGUGCGGUGAUAUUGGGUGGCAGGGUUGGGAGUGGGGUGGUGAUGGGUGGUAGGGUGGGGAGUGGAGUGGGCGGUGGUAUGGAUGGUGGCAUAAGCAGUGGGGUGGGUGGUGUCAUGGGUGGUGGGGUGGGCAGUGACAGUGGCGUGAUGCGUAUGGAUGGAAAGGGGCAAGGGGAACGAAGGGAAGGCGAUCAAGAGCAGAGGGGAAAGAAGAGGAAAGGUGUGGAGUGUGGAGGCGGGAGUGGGGUCACUGGGGUUAUGGGCAGCACUGGUGGGGUUAUGGCUACUGGCGGUGCGGUCACGAGUGAGGGUGUGAGUGGUGCUGGGCAGCGUUCCUCCCACAGCCACAGUUCCUCCCACAAGCUCCCCUCACUCCCCCCUCCUCCCCUGGCUCUCCAACAAACUCCCCUCACUCCCCCCUCCCCCCCACCCCCCCUUUCCCCCCACUCCCCACAGCCUUCCCAUUGCAGCCGUCUCCCCAUCUCAUGA